UGAAUUGUGAUAAAUAAAAAUAAUUGUUUUUUAUAUCGUGAAGUCCGUGGAUAAUAAUUAACAUUAUUUAAACAUAAUCUUUAGUUAUAAAUAUAGAGUAAUAAAUAAUAAUAUAUAAAUUAUAAUUUAUUACAAUAUCUUACACCAAGACUGCAAGAAAUAUUUUGUACAAAUGUUUGGUGACAUUCAUCUAUUCGAUUAGUCCACGGUAGUAAUGUAAUAUAAAAUUUGUAAUAAUUGGCUCUGUACAAGGAACUGCAAGUUGAUCGAUAACAUUUCUAUUUGAUUUUUUAAUUUUUUUAUACCAACUAACCAACUAUUUACUAGCUACUACGAUUAUGAGUAUUUUCAAUUGGAUCAAUAAAAUAUUUAAUAUCGACAUCAAAAACCCCAAUCCAGAUUUGCCUUCAGAAUUUCAACUACCCACUGGUGAUGCUGAAAAUGUUAAUACUGAUAUGCAUAAUUUAGAAGUUAAUAAUUUUACUGAUUCAUUCAGUAAAAGAAAUCAAUUUGAAAAUUAUAGAAACAUGUUUAAUUUUGAAUAUGACUUCAAUAAUUUAGAUGAUAUCAUCAGGGAUUUUGAAGAAACCUUUCAACAUUUUCAAAAUCAAUUUAAUGAAUCUAAUAUUUCUGCUAUUCCGAUGAAUGAACCAACAAAUGUAGAAGCCUUUAAUGGUAUACCAAAACAAAAUUUUAUAGCACAAAGUACUUUUCUUAAUCCUAGUUCAAGACCUUCAAAACCUUUGGACCAACCUUCAAUAAACAUAACAAUAAAGAGAUCUGGAUCACAACAUUUUGAGUCUGGCAGUUCAAUCUCAAGGUCUUCUUAUGUAUCUAAAAAUUGGAAUGGCAGAAUAAUUGAAAAAGAAACCUCCACUAAUCAAUUACAAAAUGGAAUCAUUGAAACAGUUACUGUUUUUAAAGAUGGAAGUAAACAAUGUGUAGAAACAAUAACAGAAAAUUCAAAAACUGGAAAGAAAAUGGAAAAAUCACAAUUAUCCAAUAUGAACCAAAAUGAAUUGGAUGAACUAAAAAAACAGUUUUCAAAAAUUAUUCUAAUGCCAUAAAUAAGUUUGUGAACUAAGACACAAAAUUAUAAAAAUAUAGUAGUUGUUGGUGUGAAUAACCAAAAUUGGAUUGAAUUAUUGAUUUUUGUAAAAUAUUUUGCAAUUAGGUAUUAUUAUAGUUACAAUAUAUUAGGGGUGGCCAGCGAGAAGAGACUCGCGAGCCACCACAAAUGUAUUAAUAAAUAUGGAAGAGCCAAAAUGUAAAAAAAAAAGUCAUAUAUAUAAAUAAUACAUAAAUUCAUAUAAAAAAAUGUUUUGGUAAAAAUGAGAUAAGAUGCGAGCCACAUGCAGCUCGCAAGACACAGUUGGCCACCUUUGGCCUUUGCAAUAUAUUAUGAUGCUCAAAAAUGAACUUUUAGUAUUGACUUUGCCUUUGUAUUUCAAUACAAACAUUUUCAUUUUAUAUUAAUCUCCACCUUAACCACCCUUA